AUGUCCUUUACCUGGAGUGAAAACUCAAGAACCCAGAAAAAGACAAUAGCAGUUGUCUGGACUCGUCUUUUGGGUGAAAAAAAAAACGCUACACGUUAUUGCUUCCCGAAUGGUACUUGGGACAGUUACUCGAACUACGACAAAUGCCAUCAUGCACCUUCAAUGCCGGUACCAGAUUUUGCACCCAGUAUUGAGUUACCCGCCUACAUAUACUGCUGUGGCUAUUUCAUAAGUUUUACAGCAUUAAUUUUAGCUUUAAUUGUUUUUCUCUGUUUUAAAGACUUGAAAUGCCUUCGAAAUACAAUUCAUGCGAAUUUAUUUUUAACUUACAUUUUAGCUGCUUUAUUAUGGAUCCUAACGCUUUUUUUGCAAGUUAUGACAGAUCAUGCCAGCCAAGCUGGUUGCAUCACAUUGGUAAUGAUGUUUCAUUACUUCAAUUUAACGAAUUUCUUUUGGAUGUUUGUAGAAGGUCUGUACUUGUACACUCUUGUAGUCCAGACAUUUUCUAGUGAGAAUAUAAGAUUUCUAAUGUACGCAUUUAUUGGUUGGGGUUGCCCAGCAAUUGUAGUAUUUCUUUGGUCCAUUGCCAAAGUUUAUGCGCCAAAUUUGGAAACAGAACAUUUUAAUGGCUUUAAUUUCAAAAUACUUUGA